AUGCUCGUCGGCCGGUCGUUCGCGGUCGCGGGUACGUCGCUGCGGCGCGCGUCGGCGGCGCGGGGCCUCGCGUCCCUCGAGUACGCCGUCGAGGCGCUGCUGGGCACCUACGGCGUCGCCGGCGUGUCCGCGGCGGUGCUGGCCCCGGACGGGUCCGGCGGCGCGGUCGUGCGGCCCGUCGUCGGCGGCCUCGCGAGCCGCGCGCGGCGGGAGCCCGUCGCGCCGGGCACGCUCUUCCAGAUCGCGUCGCUGUCGAAGCCCGUCGCCACGGCGUUCGCGAUCGACUUCUUCGAGGCGCGCGGCGCCUGCUUCGAGACGGCCACGGUCAACGGCCUCCUCGCGGCCUGCGGCUCGCCCUUCCGGCUCCGGAGCGCGGCCGGCGCGCCGCGGGCGUGGGCGGAGGCGGUGACGCUCGCGCAGCUCGUCGACCACUCCGCGCUCGGCAUGCACUACGUGCCCGGCGUCCCGCGGUCGGCGCCGUUCCCCGACGCCCUGGCCCUCGUGUCCGGGUCCGACGCGGCGCCGGCGCCCCACGGCUACGCGAGCCUCGACGUCGACCGCGCGCCGGGGACGCGGUUCGCGUACAGCGGCGGCGGCUUCCUCCCGCCCGCGGCCGCCGCCGUCGCCGACGGCCACGACGACGCGGGGAACGCCGUGCCCGGCGGCCGGCUCAACUUCCCGCCGUGCGCCGCGGGCGCGCUCGGCUCCGCGGGCGGCCUCGGCGCCUGGCUCGGCGACCUCGCGGCCGCGUUCCGCCGGCCCGGCGGCGCGGGCGCCGUGAGCGCCGCGGCCGCGCGGUCCAUGCUCGCGGACCGGCCCGACCUCGGGUCGCGCGCGUUCAUGCGCGCGCGCGUCGGCCGCGGCGUCUUUUUAUUCGACGCGGCCUCGCGCGACGCGGCGCGGCCGAACCGGUGGAUGCUCCACCAGGCGGCGAACGACGGCUUCCGCGGCUUCUUCCUCGUCUGCUUCGACGGGCCCUCGGCCGACGGCGGGCCCGCGGGGCUCGUCGUCCUCUGCAACGGCGACAACGGCGGCGUGCUCUUCAACUGCGCCGUCGCGCGCGCGCUCCUCGCGUCCGAGGACGCGUUCCCGGGCGGCGUCCCGGGCCUCGACUGGAGCCGCGUGCCGGACCUCGCCGACGGCUUCGACUACGCGGGCCUCCGCCAGGAGGAGAUCGUCAACCUCGGCCUCCGGGACCUCGUCCUCAACGCGUUCGUCGACCCGUGA